AUGCGACUGGAGCGGAGCAACUGUGAAGAUACCUCAGAAGGAUCAGAGGAGCAAAAGGAGAGGACCAUGCCCGUUGUGCCCCCUUUCCUGGUUGUAGGGCUGCUUCAUCUGGCUAUACUACAAGGUGUUGUUUGCUCAGAUGCAGUCUGCGGGCAGAAAGGGCACUCCUCAAGUUCGACGCGCAUCGUUGGGGGGCAACCAGCCGAUAAGGGAGAGUGGCCCUGGCAGGCCAGCAUCCAGAUCAGAGGCCAGCACAUUUGUGGAGGCUCCCUCAUCACUGACCAAUGGGUGCUGACAGCCGCUCACUGCAUGACCAUAGGGUGCGCCUAUGAAGUGGAAUUGGGGGUCUAUCAACUUCAAAAUCAUUCUGAGGAAGAGCGACAGUUAUUCAGCCUAAAGCAGACUAUCGUCCACCAUGACUACGAAUACACUGACGCCUCCCCGGGAGAUGUUGCUCUGGUGGAACUGACAUCGCCUGUAAAUUUCACCAGCAGCAUCCUUCCCAUCUGCUUGCCCAAUUCUUCUGUUUGGUUCCCAAGUGGAAAAAAAUGCUGGGUCACUGGAUGGGGAGACAUUGGCUCAAACAAGCCCUUGGACUCCCCACAAACUCUUCAGGAAGUGGAGGUGCCAAUCGUAGACAGAGACACUUGCAAUCAACUCUUCAACACUCAUGCACAGAACAUUGGUGUGACUAGUCCAGUCAAGGAAGAUAUGAUUUGUGCUGGUUAUAAAGAAGGUGGAAAGGAUUCCUGCCAGGGUGACUCUGGAGGCCCCUUGGUUUGCCAGUGUGAUGAAGCCUGGGUCUUGGCUGGGGUUGUAAGUUGGGGAUAUGGCUGUGCUUUACCCAACUUCCUUGGCGUCUAUGCCUCCGUGCCUUACUAUGCUGACUGGAUCUUGCAACAUAUACCCAGCAUGACUUUUGUGACAUGCACAAAUGGCCAAGAUUCUGGUGAUGAUGGUGGACCACCAAAUAAUGGUGAGGAUGCCGGGAAUGAUGGUGGACUACCAAAUUACGGUGGACUACCAAAGACCUUCAUUCUGCUGCUGUCCCUUGGGCAUCUCACAUUUGCUCUCCUGUGA